GCUUGACUUAAAUUAGUUUUUUAAAAAAAAUACUCCUCUCUUCAGUUGUGCAAUCAUGAAACCUUAACAAUUUUAAUUGGCAUAAACUGAUUCAAAUAAAUCUACUUUUAGGAUCUAUGUAGUUUAAAGGGAUAACAAUUCCCUAAUAGAUAAAUUAUUUACAAAUUUGCGCCAUUUCAAGAUAUUUUGUAAACCAGCAACUCUUUUAAACGGGAUUUAGUCUUAUUUUGAAUUAAGAAUGUUGAGGCAAGUGGCCCUCAGUGUAAUGUUCGUGGUACUACCUACAGCUUUGAACUUUUUUUAAGAAGCAGGCUGCCGUGCUUGUUUGAUAAGUAAACAAUGGUCAAGGAGUCGUUAUCCCGACGUCCUUGAGGCAACGGGAUAAACGGACGCACGGACAACUAACACAGUUAGAUGCGUUAACUAGGUCACCAUAUAUAAAGCGUUAAGUUCAAGGCGGCUGGCUCAUUGCAAGUCGAACGCUCAGACAGGCAACAAGCACUUUCCCCAGUGACGAUAUCACGUGAAGAGUUGAUACUCAGUGACAGUUCCAUACUCCGACAUAAAGAAUGCAUCAGAAGAUGGCAGGCUGGGCGCUGUUAGCCCUGAUCAGCUCAACGACAAUCCUCCACACGAUAGCGUACCCGCAACACGUUCCCUUAAUAUCACAGGCAACCAGCCACGUACGAACACAAAAUCCACAGUACUACAGCAAUGUGUACCCAGUUGCGCAGCAUGAACAAAUUGCUCAGGAACGCAAAUUCGCGGAGAAACCGAACGCACUCAAGAAGGUUGCUUUAGACGAUCUCGACGACAUACAGACCAACUCUAUCGGAGAUAGCGGGUUUUCUUGGUCCAACAUGUUAGGAAUGAUAAUGCAAAUGCUUUUCAACCCCGGCGGUCAAACUGGACCCAACAAGAGCGACAACAUUGACACCGAUUCCGUUGCACCAUCCCCGUGGGCCAACUUAUUAGCCAUGGGACUCAAGAUUCUUACCGCCGUCCUCGGUGGAGGCGGGUCCAGCGAUGGCAUCGACAAAGUAGACAACGGCUCUUCACCUAUGCAGUUCAUAAACAUCGUGAUGAAUCUUCUCGACGCUUUGAAGACCUCUUUCUCCCACCGCUCGCUGACGGCGCGGUCCAUGGGCCGCAAGGACUCGGUGAGCGACGCCGCGCUGGCCGGCAUCGCCAUGUUCAAGACUUACGUCAGAUCGUUCGGCACUAACGACGACAAGUGCCUACAGAAGUACAUCUGCGAUGCCAACACGGAAUGCUCGUCUGACAUCGGACCCAAGAGCGUAUUCUGCCAACUCGGAACUUACGCGGCAAGCUUCGUUCUAGAGCGGCAGUCAGGCGGCACAUUCGAGCAGUUCACGGAGGCGGGCCGCCGCGGCCGCUCCGGCGUAGACUGCCGCCAGAUGUACCUCCAGUGCAACGAAGUCUAAACAACCAUCCAUCCGUUCAUCCACAUCGCCAACUAAUAUCUUAAUAUGAUGACAACGAAAAAUUGAUGUGACAUUUGAUGAUACGAGUUUAAAAAAAACGCGAAUUGGACACUCCAAAUUCCAAUUGAUAUCUGGUGAUUGACGAUGUUAGAAGUUGAAGGCAAGCUGCAGAUUUAGUCAUUUCGAAAUUAUCAACAUCUAUGUAGAACACAACUUUGUCGCCUCGCGAUGACAUCGAGUACGCGUGGUUACAGAAAGUAUUGGUGCCUUAGUUCGGAUCGUUCGCUCGAAACUUAUCCCUGCGGUGGAGAGCGAGUCGCUUAGUAUUUUACUAAUUUAUUUAAAUUAUUUAUUUAUUUAACUUAUUCUAGAAGUUAACGAGUAGACAAACAAAGAUAAAAUAUACCCAAAUAGGAUGAACAACCGUUCCGUCCAGUGAACUCCUUAUGCAGUUAAAUUUCAGUUAAUGGCACGUUAUUUGUAUUUUGUGUUUAAACAAUUGAAAAUAUUCCGCCAGUUUCUCGAUAAUUAACGACUGAUGUAAAAUAAACCUGUGUGAUAUAAAUGCCUAAUGUUUAUAUCACUUAAUAGUUAGUAUUGUAUAUUUUGUGUGAUCGUAUGAAUGAGGACGUCCUUGUAUGUUUGUGAUUGUUGAGAAAAUAAAAAUAUAAAAUUAAGCGUUGCAUUUUUAUUUUGUCCUUCAUCCUUGACAGUGGGUGUAGGUAUAGUAUAGACCGACAAAACGGGUGACAACUAACAUGUUUUUUUUAUGAAAAUGCGUCGUUUUCUUGGAUCUUUCCGCGCUAAAGAGCACUAAUUCGAUAGAAUCGUCGAGAUGAGCAAACGUGAAAAUGCCGCUAUUCUAGAGUAAUGUCACAUGCUGACAACUGGAGCGUAAUAACCGCUGGAUGGUAGGAGCUCUGGGCUCAGUCAUACCUUGACAUUGAGCUGACAACACGCGAGACAUACGACAUGGCUUUCGAGAGCAUGCUGUCCAAAAUGGGGUCGGGAAUGAAGCACUUUACUGACAGGUCAGUGUUAGCGACAUUUGAGUGAUAUUCUUAGCGUUAACUUUCAAUAUAAAGUAGAUCGACUAUAUCAGUUUGUCGAUCGGGAUAGUGCCCUAUUACACCAAGUCGACAUAUGUCGAUGAGAUAUGCAAGCCGACGGUUUGUAGUAAAGUGAUCUAUUAAAAAAAAAUCCUUAAACGCGAAAUCAAAUAUCAAAGGCGCAAUUUAUUAGUUUUUUAUGAAUUCUUUUGCAUAAUAACUCGUAUUUUCAACUUUUUAUUUCUGAAGACGCAGUCUUGCAAAGGCUGCAAAACGUCAGAUAAAUAAAUUCAGUGUAUCUAUCUAAAAAUUGUUUUAUUUAUUCAUCUUUUAAAGUUUCGCGGAGAACCAUUUUGUGACUAACAACGAAAACACUACAAUUUUAAUGCAAAUCUUACAUAGCCCCGAUAUCAUGUCAAGAAUUCCGGAUAAUUUGACAAUAAUGUCGACUUAAAAAAAUUACUGUUUCACAACAUAAUAAAAUUGUCGUUGUAGUAAGAUAAGGACAAUUUUAACAAAAAUAUGACAUUGACAUAUGUCGACUUGGGGAAAUAGGGCCCUGGUAUAUUUACCUUUAUUACUCGUGGUCCAAAUGAUGAUGAUGCAUAGAUGUCUCCUUUGACGGUCUCCGAAAAUAAACUCAAUGGUUUAAAUUAUUAGAGUGGAUUAUAAAAAAUACUGCGAUAAGUAAUAAAAUCCCACUACCUUCCCUUGAGAAGAAGAAAGAAGUUGUCAUUUUAAUUUAAAUAUACGCAAUUUAUAAACCGUUAACAAUGUUUUAACCUCAACAUGUUUUAGUAAAAAUAAAACAGUAUGUGAGGGUACAGCACUAUAUUUAUGUAAUUUUUUCAUAAUGCAUUUUAAAUAAGUAUGAUAAUCUAAUUUAAAGUGACAACUUUCUGAAUGGACGUUUCUUGAGUGGUUCGGAUAUAAUGAUAGGCAUGUCUGAUAGACUAAAAUUCUAUUAUCCUUGAAUCAAAACAACAAUAAAAAUUAAUAAAGUUAAGUUUUAAAAAAAUGUAAUAGUUUAUUCAUUCAAUUAGAUACGUUGAAUAUGAGGCCCCGAUCCAAGAUCCCCAGUUAUUGUACCCAUACUCUGAGCACGGGGUGCCAACGGUCGAAGCUAAUCCAAAACUGUAAGUAUUUUAGUCAGGUUGAAUUUUUUCUUUCCUACCAUGUACAAAGGAUUGAUCUAAUAACCCAUGACUCCCUCUAUUAAUAAACAAAGAAUAAACUUGAUCUUGGAUUUAUGAGUGUUUAGGAAAAUUUAUGCCACCAUCCAUCAUCACCAUUACAGUGACUAUGCUAGGAAGGCAAGCGUAUUCUUUGUUUAUUAUUAUGGAGACAUGAACAGACUUCUCCUACUGAUUUUAACCAUUGUAUCGGUAACGUUUACAUAAAUUUUGUAAAAUGAUACAUAACAAUACGAUUAUUGUUAAAAUAAAAGGAAAAAUAAUUAAAGAAACAACUACCUACUUCCUUUAAAAUAAAUAAGAAGGUAGUUGUUAAAUUCGUAAAAUAAGAGAAAAUUAAAAAAAGAAUGAGUAGUCGUAUAGUUUUUUAAUAUCUCUCAACGUUUAAUUAAAAAAACACAUAAUUAAUUUUAUAAAUCAAAAUUCAUGGUUUAAUAGUGUUUAAGAUUUGAGAGGUUAUUUUUCAAAAAAGUUUUGAAAUAUUAAAUUAUGAUAGGGAAAUGUUUAUAAUGUAGAUACUUUUGUCAUUGUUUUCAUUUGUAUUAUCAUAAAUACAUGUCAAAUAAAUUGAAAAUGAAGAUGUUCUUUUUUUAUUUCGUUUAUAUAAAAAAAAUGAUUUCUAAAGAUAAGAUUAAUUUUUACUCGCAUUAGCUUAGAUUUUAUUAAGCACGGUCAUAAUAAAUAACCUCGUUUUUUUUAAAGCACUUAUGGAGGUGGCGGCGGCGGCAAAAACAACGCAGCAAUGUCAGCGCUCACUCUGUUGGCAUUCUUAUUUUUCCUGCACAUCCUGCAGCAGUGCAUCAAAGACCACAUGGUGGCCAUGAGCACGCCCCAAAUAACGAUCAUGACCGCGGGGCGGGAAGGCGAGGAAGCAAUUAAAACCGCCAAAAUCGACAAAGCAGGUAUCACCGAAGAAGAUAAAAACAUCGACGCAACCAAAGAAAACUAUGAUGUAGAAAAUAAUGAUGACGAAAAUAAACAUUUAAUGAAAAUAUACACCGCGAAACCGCCGAAAAGUGGCGCACCAAAUUAUGCGUUCGCCAAUGAUUACGGCGAUAGAAGAUACACUCAAACGGGCUUCGUUAACGCAAUGGAUGAAGAUUUCAAUUAAUUCAGGACUCAGUAGCAUAAUUAAACAACGGACACUCGGUUUAUUACAAUAUUUAUUAAUAUCAACAUACCGCUAUAAUUCUUACAUAUAAAUUAUCACUUUAGUGAAAUUAUUUCACCGUGUGUUAUUGAUGAAACAUCGACAAUUACAACAGACUCGUUGUGACAUGCAUACACGCCGUAAUAUAGAGAAACUGUACCUAUUUUAAAAAGGACACAUGGAUCACCAUGUCAAAUCGUUUGCUACAUUAAAAUCAUAUUUGCUAACCAAUCAAUUUUAUUCACAAAUAUUAAUUUUACCAACAAAUAUAAUACCGUAAAACUACAGAAUACUAACCAGAAGACUCAAGGCCCAACCAAGAGGAAACUUCCGGAGAUCUCUGCUACAAAAUCUAAUGAUGUUAUCCCGAGUACAGCCAUGAUCGCCGUCUAUAUACGUGUGCCUGUUUAACUUGUGUCUAAAGAGUAACUUUUCUGGUUGGUAUUCUGUAAUAAUGAGGGCUAUCGCGUAUGAAUCCGCUAGAAGCGCUAGUGUAGCGUGAGGUCUCCGAAAUGUCAAAUGUUAUUGCUUGUUGGUUGUCUACGCGGGUUUAUUUCUUAUUAAAAUAAUGUUGUGAAUAAUUGGUAACAAUUCGGCUUAAUUAUGGCAAAUAUGAGUUAUGUGAAAUGAGCAAUGAAUGUCAGUUAUUAAAAAUUUGAAUUUAGAAAAAUGAUUAUGUUCCCAUUUUUUCCGAAUAAAACGGAACAGGGCGUCAUUGUGGCAUGGCCUAUUAUGUUUAGGAUAUGGUUCUUUUGUGUUAAAAUACGAUCUAAGUGUAACCUUUGAUUUCAUGUGCGUAUUAAUAAACUUUAAGAGUUACAAUUUAGGACCUCACUCAACAGUGGCGCAAUCUGGUGAGGCAGAAAACGGUAGCCCUCAUUAGAUGCAAACAUGUUCAAUACGAACAAACAUAGACAACUAAGUCAUUUUUAAUAAAUAAUUGCUUCUACGUAAGUUUAAUUAUCUAUGAUUGUGUUCAAAAUGUUUGUGGCUAGGUACCCCUAGAUAGACAUCAGUUUUGACUUCUUAUAUUACAACGGCCAUCCGAAAAACCCAUUCAGUAUACGGCAAUCAAUACGCUUUUAAUUUAUUUACACCCUUUCAAAAAACUUUAUGGGAUAAAAUUAGCUGUCUAGAAAAAAUAAUCCAUUUUUUUAGGAAUAAUAUAUUAUGCGUCAAAAUAACAAUAAAAGAUAGGAAUAAAUAGAAGAACGAUAAAAAUGUGCCGAAAAGAAAUAUGGCUUAUAUACAAAAUGAUCGGGCAUGCAAUCAUGACUACCGAUUGAGAAUCACAAACGCGACUAAAAUUAGAAACAAUUUUCUUUUGGUGCAAUACUCAAACAUUCUGAAUCAAAAUUUCAGUUAAAAACUUUUUCUAUAUUCAAUAGCUGAGAGAUUUCAGUGUUUUGCAAACUAGCAGUUUCAUUAA